UCGCCCUCACGGACUCCUGCUUACCCCGAAACCCCCGGAGCCCGAGGACUCUUGGUGGCGGAGACAGCGGGCCCGGGCACAGGGGAGGCCGCCGAUCGAGUUGGCUCUCUCCGCCCCGCGAAGCCUGCACGCCCGCCGGUGAGUCAGAGGGUCCCAGGAAACCUGUGAAUGUUGAAGAAAAUUCAUCUGUGAAUUUUUGAUAUUCAAAGAGGAGUCAGUAUUUAUGUUCGUCUUUUAAACUGGGAAGAUUUAUAUUUUAUUUUAAAACUUCUUGAUAUUUACAAUGAAUGGACACAGUGAUGAAGAAAGUGUUAGAAACAGUAGUGGAGAGUCAAGCCAGUCGGAUGAUGAUUCUGGGUCAGCGUCAGGCUCUGGAUCUGGUUCAAGUUCUGGAAGCAGUAGUGAUGGAAGCAGUAGCCAGUCAGGUAGCAGUGACUCUGACUCUGGAUCUGAAUCGGGCAGUCAGUCAGAGUCUGAGUCAGACAAUUCCCGAGAAAAUAAAGUUCAAGCAAAACCACCGAAAGUUGAUGGAGCUGAGUUUUGGAAAUCUAGCCCUAGUAUUCUGGCUGUUCAGAGAUCUGCAAUGCUCAAGAAGCAGCAGCAGCAGCAACAUCAAGCUUCAUCUAAUAGUGGAUCAGAAGAGGAUUCUUCUAGCAGUGAAGAUUCUGAUGACUCAUCGAGUGAGGUCAAAAGGAAAAAGCAUAAAGAUGAAGAUUGGCAGAUGUCUGGGUCAGGAUCUCCAUCUCAGUCUGGUUCAGAUUCAGAAUCUGAAGAAGAAAGAGAUAAAAGUAGUUGUGAUGAAACAGAAUCUGAUUAUGAGCCAAAAAACAAAGUUAGAAGUAGAAAACCUCAAAAUAGAUCUAAGUCAAAAAAUGGAAAAAAGAUUAUUGGACAAAAAAAGAGACAGAUUGAUUCAUCUGAGGAGGAGGAGGAGGAUGAAGAAGACUAUGAUAAUGAUAAAAGAAGCUCUCGUCGACAAGCAACUGUCAAUAUUAGCUAUAAGGAAGACGAAGAAAUGAAAACAGAUUCUGAUGACCUACUUGAAGUCUGUGGAGAGGAUGUUCCUCAACCCGAGGAAGAGGAAUUUGAAACAAUAGAACGGUUUAUGGAUUGUCGGAUUGGGAGAAAAGGAGCUACUGGUGCUACUACAACCAUCUAUGCAGUUGAAGCAGAUGGUGACCCAAAUGCAGGAUUUGAAAAAAACAAGGAACCAGGAGAGAUCCAGUAUUUAAUUAAAUGGAAAGGAUGGUCACAUAUCCACAAUACUUGGGAGACAGAAGAAACCCUUAAGCAGCAGAAUGUUAGAGGAAUGAAAAAAUUAGAUAAUUAUAAGAAAAAAGAUCAGGAAACAAAAAGAUGGUUGAAAAAUGCUUCUCCAGAAGAUGUGGAAUAUUAUAAUUGCCAGCAAGAACUUACAGAUGAUCUCCAUAAGCAGUAUCAAAUAGUGGAGCGAAUAAUUGCUCAUUCAAAUCAAAAGUCAGCUGCUGGCUAUCCUGAUUAUUAUUGCAAAUGGCAGGGCCUUCCGUACUCAGAGUGCAGCUGGGAAGAUGGAGCUCUCAUUUCCAAAAAGUUUCAGGCGUGCAUAGAUGAGUAUUUCAGCAGGAAUCAGUCAAAAACUACUCCUUUUAAAGACUGCAAAGUUUUAAAACAAAGGCCAAGAUUUGUAGCCCUGAAGAAGCAGCCAUCCUAUAUUGGAGGACAUGAGGGAUUAGAAUUAAGAGAUUAUCAACUGAAUGGUUUAAAUUGGCUUGCUCACUCUUGGGUCAAAGGAAAUAGUUGCAUACUCGCUGAUGAAAUGGGCCUUGGAAAAACAAUACAGACGAUCUCAUUUCUGAACUAUUUGUUUCAUGAACACCAAUUAUAUGGACCUUUUCUAUUAGUAGUACCACUCUCCACUCUCACUUCCUGGCAAAGGGAGAUUCAAACAUGGGCUUCUCAAAUGAAUGCUGUGGUUUAUUUAGGUGACAUCAACAGCAGAAACAUGAUAAGAACUCAUGAAUGGAUGCAUCCCCAGACCAAACGGUUAAAGUUUAAUAUACUGUUAACAACUUAUGAAAUCUUAUUGAAGGAUAAGGCAUUCCUUGGAGGCCUAAAUUGGGCAUUUAUAGGUGUAGAUGAAGCACAUCGAUUAAAGAAUGAUGAUUCUCUUCUGUAUAAAACUUUAAUAGAUUUUAAGUCCAAUCACCGUCUCCUUAUCACUGGAACUCCUCUGCAAAACUCCCUCAAAGAGCUCUGGUCUUUGCUACAUUUCAUUAUGCCAGAAAAGUUUUCUUCCUGGGAAGAUUUUGAAGAAGAACAUGGCAAAGGCAGAGAAUAUGGUUAUGCAAGCCUCCACAAGGAGCUUGAGCCAUUUCUGUUACGCAGGGUUAAGAAAGAUGUGGAAAAAUCUCUUCCUGCCAAGGUUGAACAGAUUUUAAGAAUGGAAAUGAGUGCUUUACAGAAACAAUAUUACAAAUGGAUAUUAACUAGGAAUUACAAAGCCCUCAGCAAAGGUUCCAAGGGCAGUACCUCAGGCUUUUUGAAUAUUAUGAUGGAGCUAAAGAAAUGUUGUAACCAUUGCUACCUCAUUAAACCACCAGAUAAUAAUGAAUUCUAUAAUAAACAGGAGGCCUUACAACACUUAAUCCGUAGUAGCGGAAAAUUAAUUCUUCUUGACAAACUGUUAAUUCGCCUAAGAGAGCGAGGCAAUAGAGUUCUUAUUUUUUCUCAAAUGGUGCGGAUGUUAGAUAUACUUGCAGAAUAUUUGAAGUAUCGUCAAUUCCCCUUUCAAAGAUUAGAUGGAUCAAUAAAAGGAGAGCUGAGGAAACAAGCUCUAGAUCAUUUUAAUGCUGAAGGAUCAGAGGAUUUCUGCUUUUUGCUUUCCACAAGAGCUGGAGGUUUAGGAAUUAACUUAGCCUCAGCUGACACUGUUGUUAUAUUUGAUUCUGAUUGGAAUCCACAAAAUGAUCUUCAGGCACAGGCUAGAGCUCAUCGAAUUGGGCAAAAGAAACAGGUGAACAUUUAUCGUCUAGUUACAAAGGGAUCAGUUGAAGAGGAUAUUCUUGAAAGGGCCAAAAAGAAGAUGGUUUUAGAUCAUCUUGUGAUUCAACGAAUGGACACAACUGGGAAGACAGUAUUACACACGGGUUCUGCUCCCUCAAGUUCUACUCCUUUCAAUAAAGAAGAGUUAUCAGCCAUUUUAAAGUUUGGUGCUGAGGAACUUUUUAAGGAGCCCGAGGGAGAAGAACAAGAGCCCCAGGAAAUGGAUAUAGAUGAAAUCUUGAAGAGGGCUGAAACUCAUGAAAAUGAACCAGGACCUUUAACUGUAGGAGAUGAAUUACUUUCUCAGUUCAAGGUUGCCAACUUUUCAAAUAUGGAUGAGGAUGACAUUGAGUUGGAACCUGAAAGAAAUUCAAAGAAUUGGGAAGAAAUCAUUCCUGAAGAUCAAAGAAGACGAUUAGAAGAGGAAGAAAGACAAAAGGAACUUGAAGAAAUUUAUAUGCUCCCCAGAAUGAGAAACUGUGCAAAACAGAAGCCUGCUUUACCUAAACUUGGGCAAAAUUUUAUUUUCAAAUUCCAGAUUAGUUUCAAUGGAAGUGAAGGGAGGCGCAGUAGAAGUAGGAGAUACUCUGGAUCUGAUAGUGAUUCAGUCUCAGAACGGAAAAGGCCAAAGAAACGUGGAAGACCACGAACUAUCCCUCGGGAAAAUAUUAAAGGAUUUAGUGAUGCAGAAAUUCGGCGGUUUAUCAAGAGUUACAAGAAAUUUGGUGGCCCUCUGGAAAGAUUAGAUGCAAUUGCUCGAGAUGCUGAAUUAGUUGAUAAGUCAGAGACAGACCUAAGACGACUAGGAGAAUUGGUACAUAAUGGUUGCAUUAAAGCUUUAAAGGACAAUUCUUCAGGAACAGAACGAACAGGUGGUAGACUUGGAAAAGUAAAGGGUCCAACAUUCCGAAUAUCAGGAGUACAAGUGAAUGCCAAGCUAGUCAUCUCCCAUGAAGAAGAAUUAAUACCGUUGCACAAAUCCAUUCCUUCAGACCCAGAAGAAAGAAAGCAGUAUAUCAUCCCAUGCCACACGAAGGCAGCUCAUUUUGAUAUAGACUGGGGCAAAGAAGAUGAUUCCAAUUUGUUAAUUGGUAUCUACGAAUAUGGAUAUGGAAGCUGGGAAAUGAUUAAAAUGGAUCCUGACCUCAGUCUGACACACAAGAUUCUUCCAGAUGAUCCUGAUAAAAAACCACAAGCAAAACAGUUACAGACACGUGCGGACUACCUCAUCAAAUUACUUAGUAAAGAUCUUGCAAGAAAAGAAGCUCAGAGGCUUUCUGGUGCAGGAGGUUCAAAAAGGAGGAAAGUAAGAGCUAAGAAGAAUAAAGCAAUGAAGUCUAUAAAAAUGAAAGAGGAAGUAAAGAGCGAUUCUUCUCCCCUGCCCUCAGAAAAGUCUGAUGAAGAUGAUGAUAAGGAUGAGAUCACUUCUGUGAAACAUCCAAAUAAAAAAGUUAAAACAGAAAGAGACAGUGAAGAAAAACCUGAGCCAGAUGUUUGUAUAAAGAAGGAACCAGAAGAAAAGAGGGAAGCGAAAGAAAAGGAAAAUAAAAGAGAACUUAAAAGGGAGAUAAAAGAAAAAGAGGAUAAGAAAGAUAUAAAGGAAAAAGAUUUUAAAGAGAAAAGAGAAAACAAAGUAAAAGAAGCUAUACAGAAAGAAAAAGACAUAAAGGAAGAAAAGUUGAGUGAAUCCAAGUCUGAUAGCAAGGAAAGAUCUAAGAAAUCUUCAGUGUCGGAUGCUCCAGUUCAUAUCACUGCAAGUGGUGAACCAGUUCCCAUAUCUGAAGAAUCUGAAGAGCUAGAUCAGAAGACAUUCAGCAUAUGUAAAGAAAGAAUGAGGCCUGUCAAAGCAGCUUUGAAGCAACUUGAUAGGCCCGAGAAAGGCCUUUCAGAAAGAGAACAACUGGAACAUACUAGACAGUGCUUAAUAAAAAUUGGAGACCAUAUCACGGAAUGUCUGAAAGAGUAUACAAAUCCUGAACAAAUCAAGCAGUGGAGAAAAAACCUGUGGAUUUUUGUAUCUAAGUUUACUGAGUUUGAUGCAAGAAAAUUACAUAAAUUAUAUAAGCAUGCUAUUAAAAAACGGCAGGAAUCUCAGCAAAAUAAUGACCAGAACAGCAACUUGAAUACUCAAGUGAUUAGAAAUCCAGAUGUGGAAAGAUUAAAAGAGAAUACAAAUCAUGAUGAUAGCAGCAGGGACAGUUACUCAUCUGAUAGGCACUUAUCUCAAUAUCAUGAUCAUCAUAAAGACCGACAUCAGGGAGAUUCUUAUAAAAAGAGUGACUCUAGGAAAAGACCCUAUUCUUCUUUUAGUAAUGGUAAAGAUCAUCGUGAUUGGGAUCACUACAAGCAAGACAGCAGAUACUAUAGUGAUAGAGAGAAACACAGAAAACUGGAUGAUCACAGGAGUAGAGACCACAGGUCAAAUUUGGAAGGAAGUUUAAAAGACAGAACUCAUUCUGAUCAUCGUUCUCAUUCAGAUCAUCGGUUGCAUUCAGACCAUCGGUCAAGUUCUGAAUAUACACACCAUAAAUCUUCCAGGGAUUAUAGGUAUCACUCAGAUUGGCAGUUGGACCAUAGAGCUUCCAGUAGUGGCUCUAGAUCACCACUAGAUCAGAGGUCUCCUUAUGGCUCCAGAUCUCCAUUUGAACACUCAAUUGAACACAGAAGUACACCUGAGCAUACCUGGAGUAGUCGGAAAACAUAACAAAAACUGAUAGUGUCUUUCUGGACUUUUCUUUUAGCCAUAUAUCAUAAACCAACACAGUAAUUGCCUUACAUGACUUGAAAGAUAUAAACAGAUCUUCUAUCAGUAGCAGUAUUGUUACUUCUUUCCAGGAUGCAAGGUCUAUUAUCCCAACAGAAGAGAAACUAUUUUUAUAUUUAAGGAUUAUGCUGCACUGUACUACAAAUAUUGUAGUACUUUUUCUUUUCUUUUUUAAAGAAAUGGAAAAUGUUUACUAUUACAGGGACCUCAACACUGCCCUUCCAUAUAGGCUGGAUAAAACUGUUUUUAAGUCAGUGGUUUUAGACUGACAUCCAUUUAAAUUAUGUUUGUAUAUGAACUUUACUCUGACCUGUGAUCUUGUUUCAGGAAGGAAUGAAAGAGAGUUCUUUUCUUAAUAAAGAAAACACACUCAAGGACUUUAUUCACUUUCCAAAGCUACUUGUUUACAUGUACACUGCGACCACCUUGCCGCUUUUCAUCACAAGCUUGAAUAUUUAAAUUCUGUACUUAUAUCUGUAAAAUAGCCAGGAAUUUCCUGUUUGUGAUCUAUUAUUAUGCCUUUUUACACACACAAACAAUGGCUGUACAUUACUGUAAAUGUAUUAAAUGAGCUUUCCUUACUUCCUUCCCCUUCUCAGGCUUUUUUUGACUGUUCCUUUCCCUACCAACUCAGGCCUUCUUAUCAUUUAAAAAUAUAUAUAUCAGUGUAAUAACACUUUUUAAUGAUUUGUCUUGAUGGAAUCAUUGUUUAGAAUGUAAAAAAAUGGGGAAAGGGGCCACUUAAUUCCAUUAGUCCUUUUUAUAUUGACUAUUUUAUUAGAUACAUGUUAUUUCUUUCCUUUCCCUUUUUUAGUCAAUAUUGUGUAACAAAAUGGUGAGAUGAUAAUGUAAAAUCUAAACUGCAUGCUCUGGAAACAGUUUUUUCAGAUGCAUUUGGUUUAAAAGGGUAGGUGUAUGAACACUUUCAGAAUCCAAAUGGCCAAAAGUUAUUGUAAAUCCAUUUGUUUUCCUUUUCAUGUGGGCAAUAAUGUCAAAUGUGCUAUGCAGCCAGGUAACAUUUUAGAUAAACUUGAUUGACUUUUAAUAAAAACUGUUACAAUGCACACUGAUUGUAUAUAAAAACCUUAUAUAUGACAAAUUAAAUUUAAGAAAAAGGAUAUGUGGCUCCUGUAAUUUUCUGCUGCAUUCUUAUUCCCUCAAGCACUUAACUUUUUUUUUAAGUAGUAACAUUUAGCUUAUAGAAAAGGAUAUUUUGAUAAGCAGUUGAAUAUUGUUAAUGUGUAGCACUAUAAUUAAAUCUAUUUUGAAGAAUAUAUGAACCUAUGAAGUAAAAUUUAGAUCAUAGAAAUCUGUUGGACUCGAUUUUCUGCAGAUAUUAUUUUAGAAUGCCUUAUAUUUAUUUACAGAUUUUUUUAUUUUGUUAUAUUCAGUGGGAAUUUUUUAAUCAUGUGGCGUACAUUCUUGGAUGUGUGCUGUGAUCUAACAAAUUUGAACCUUAACUGACAAAUAUAAGUGUAUUGAUAUAUUCCUAUAAUAUUCUUAAAUGUAUCUGUUGAUUAGCUGUGGGAGUGAUGUACAGAAAUUUGUCCAUAGAUAUAUUUUUUAAUAUUUUCCUUUUAUCCAAUUAGGUCUAAAAUUUACACUAUGUGUACAAAACAGAGCUUCUUUAUCCCCCCCGCCCCAGAGUUACCCUGAAUGUCUUUUCCUGGUAUGUCAGGUAACAAGAGAAAUAACUCAAAUUUUAAAACAUCUGAUUAUAAUUAAAUAUAAAAGUGAUAAAACAGUUUAGUGCUGGUACACAUUUUUUAAGCUUUUUCACUUUUUUCCACUGUUAGUAUAAAUGAUUACUUUAUUCUAUAAGAUCACAUUAAUAAAAAAUUAUAAUGCUUAAUAAAAUCAUAAUAUUAACAUAGCAAACAGAUCAGGGUUGGCACUUUUAAUUCAUCACUUUGUAGCUGGGACAUUUGCAUUAUAUCCUAUUGUGAAAAUUUCAUAAAACAGUAUUACCUUUUUGAGACAAUGGAAUGGGCUCUAACUUUCUUAAUAAUGCUACGUUUAGUUGAAUAUUUCAGUCAACUAAUAGCUGAGUUGAAUGAAAAAUCUAAAACUGUAUGUAACAUUUAUUAAUUGAUGGAAAAUAUGUUCAUUAUUUUUAAGAAUCAGCAAUUAUGUAGAAAAGUAACAAGGCAUAAAUUUUUUAAGACACAUGAAGAAGAACAUUAGUACAUAGAUAUAACAGGAAAAAUUCUCUAUAAAAUAUGCUUAAUUUUUGUCUUUUUACAUGCUCAUUCUGAUCUGCCAUUUUUAUCCAUUUGUGUUUAAUUUUUCGAGAAUGAGAGAUUAUGCAUAGUACUGUACCAAUUAACCCUCCACCUUAAUAAUAUACAAUAAAUGAUUCUUACUAAAAGCAAUGGCUUGUUUGCGUAUAAAGAAAAUAUUCUUUGCUUAGGGUAUGUUAGAAGAUAAUUUUCAGACUGGAAAGCUGUGGAAAAUGAGGGUGAAUGAUUCAUUCAUUAACUUCACAGUGAGUGGGCUUAAUAAAAUUAGAACCUUAAAGUUGCGUAAAACAUAGAUUACAUAUGUAAUUUCCCUUUUGUGAUCUGUUUUUGAGGUUAAGUAAUGAAAGUUUUGUGUAGAUUAUAGGCUGGUUUACACAGAUUUCAUUUCCUUGAAAUUUAUCAAGAGUAUGCACAAAGGGUAAAUGGCAUAAUUCUGUCUUUGCACCACAUUACUGUUUCUGACUAGAAAAUGAUCAUUGGACUAUAGAUAACUCUAUGAGGGUUUUUAAGGUGGGGGAAUUUGAAAAAGCAACUAAUCAUUAAAACAUAGGAUUUUUUCCCUAGAAUUUCCCAGCUUCAUCUGAAAGUUAAAUGUAAACUGCUUAAUGGGGCUUAACUGUUAAAAUUUUGAGUAGUUCAUUACUUAGCAAAUAAUGCAAAAAAAAUUUUUUUAAUGUUUCUGAAUUGAUACAUUCAAGCAUAUUAACAUAGAUACCUCUAUCAAACAAGAUUAUUUACAUUCAAGACUCAAUUCAAAAAUACAAACAAAACCUAUUACAUAUUAUUGCAGCACUUUAUGCAAGAUUGAUGGAUGGAACAUGUUUAAAAGGAAGCAACUAGGCAAUAGUGCCACAACAAAAAUAUCGAGACAGUGUCAAAACUUCUGUGUUAAAUUCUUAAGGCAUUUACUUUAGACAUUUAAAAGAAAAUAAUUCAACUGAAAUUACAUUUUCUCCUGGAAAUGACUAUAUAUUUAUAGUGAUUUUGCAGAAUGCUUUACGCUAAUUUUGUUUCUUUUUUCUUUUUUUUAGCACCUACCUAAUAGGUAGAUUUUAUUACAGAAGAUCUUUGGAUUCUUUAUAAAGAAAGACCUACAUUUAGGAAAUAGUACCUAUGUUAAAUAAUGAAAGAUGAGAUUACUUGGUAAAGUAGAAUUUAAAAAAUACUUUUCAGAUUUUUUUCAAGUAUCUAUACAAGUUCUCCAGUGGGGCUUCAUGUGCCAGAUUUUCUAUUGUAAAAGGCCAUUAGCCAUCUUGUCCUUCAGUUAAAAAAAAACCCAGAAAACCCAACCUUUACUUGAAAUGGGAUUGGUAGUUCAAACUCCCAAAUGAAGGAGAUGCCUAAUUUAAUUCCAAAUUCUAUUCUACAUUUGAGUUUUGAUCUAAAUAUUAAAUUGAAGAGGUAUAAACAGUUUCAAGAAGCUCCCUAGCUUAUAAUUCUAUUAAAUGAGCUAAGGAUAAUCGAUUGUAUUGAUGACAUACAUACUUCACAUGCAGAAAUGUGGGUUGCAUUGUAAUUUCAUUAUUGUAGGCUGCCAUUAGGUUUCCAGUCUAUAGAAUGAGCUAUGGAAUUGAAUUGGCACUUAUUGCUUUAUUCUCUUUUUACUUUCAAAACCUUUGCUUUGUCUCUGGUGUUGUGCAGUUUCACUGUGCUAAGUCUAGGUGUGGUUUUAUUAUUUAUUUGCUCACGUCUUGCCUCUUGCCCAGUUCUUUUUACUUUUUGGAAUUCCUAUGGUAUUGCUAGCGUAUGACCUUUGAAUUUCUUUUCUCUGUCUCAACAGCUUUACUGUUUUUCCUUCUCCUUCCAUUUCUGUGCUGAGUAUCUUCAGCUUCAACCACUCCCCAUGAAGUCAUCUCCACUUAGAUAUCUAAUAGAUACCUAAUUUUAAAAUAAUAAAACUUGGGCUUCCCUGGUGGCACAGUGGUUGAGAGUCUGCCUGCCGAUGCAGGGGACACAGGUUCAUGCCCCGGUCCGGGAAGAUCCCACAUGCCGCGGAGCGGCUGGGCCUGUGAGCCAUGGCUGCUGAGCCUGCGCGUCUGGAGCCUGUGCUCCGCAACGGGAGAGGCCACAACAGUGAGAGGCCCUCAUACCGUAAAAAAAUUUUUUUUUAAUAAAACUUGAUUCAACUCUUCUCCAUCACUGACAGUUAAAAAAAAAAAAAAGAAAAAAACCAACUUCCAAAUGUUCCAUAAUUUUUGAUAAAUGGACCGGCAUUCACAGCUCAGUAAUCUUUGACACUUUCCCCCUAGCUAUUUGUUUGUUUUGCCUCACUCAUGUUACUUCCAUUGUUUUUAGAAUACACCCGAGAAUACUCUUGGGUCUUUGGAUUGUUGUUUCCUCUAUUAAGAAUAUUUUUAUCCCUGAUUUGCAGAAAACUUGUUCCCUCACCUAAUUCAGAUCUCAGCUCAAAUGUCAUCUCAGGUCUCCAAAUUAGUAUUCUGCUCUUAUUUUUACAUUCCUUAUCUUGCUUUCUCUUCUAAUGCUUAACCAUUACUUGACUUUAUUAUUAUUAUUUUCAUUUGUCAUUGUCUCUUCACUAGAAUGUAGUUCCAGUAGGGCAGGGCCUUUAUUUUGUUCAUUGAUGUAUCCCCAGCACCUAAAACAGUGCCUCACAUAUCUGUUUUUUUCAUUAUUUUGAUGUCUCCCAGAAAUGCUAUGUUCCAUAAAUGGCUAGUAUUACCAAACUUUUCUUUCUUGUCAUUGUUACGUGAUCUGUUAGUAUUAUUGGAAACUUUUGUAUGCCUUAUCAGCAUCUCUAUUACUAGAGUCUGUUUACUAUCUUCCAGUUUUUAAACCUGACAAAUCACCUGAGACACUUGAGAAAUAGAGAAACAACUAAGUGUCAUUUCCAUAAACUAAACUUGGCAGAGAAGGGCCCAAGUAAUAUUUUUAGGGAUUUUAAUAUUUAUUGACUUGAAUAAUAGAGGUUAACUCCACUGUUAUAAAUAAUAUGCAUGUGCUUACAUAUAAAUGAAAAAUUGGUUUCUGUUAUUUAUGGCUACUUAAGAAAUUUAAUGAUACUUUGUGAAAAGAUAUUCAGAGAUGUGGUAUGUAGUAGGAAAAUAUAAAACAUUUUGAUUUGUCUGUUUUAUCUUUUGAGAGGAAAUAUGUUUUUAGAUGGCAUGCCACUAUCUUUUCCUCCUCACAAGUAAAGAACACGACUUGUAAAGACACUAUAAUGCAAGAGAAAUAGGUUGCAUUUGCAAUAUUUCUCAAGUGAAAUAGCAAAACUCCCCUCCUUUUUAUUACUGAGUAGCAUUUCUCGUAUUGGAUGUACUACAGUUCGUUUCUAACCAUUCACCAACUGGGUUUCCAGUCUUUGAGUUAUGAAUAAAGAUGCUACAAACAUUUCAUGUAAGGGUCUCUGGAUAGACAUAUUCUCAUUUUUCUCUGGUAAAUACCUUGGAGUGGGAUUGCUGGGUGGUAUGGUAAAUCAUGUUUUACUUUAUAAAAAACUGCCAAACCAUUUUCCAAAGUGGAUGUACCAUUUUAUGUUCCCACCAGAUAUAGAUGAGAGUUCUUAUUACUCUCUAUUCAUGUGAGCAUUUAGCAUUUUAGCCAUUCUGAUAAGCGUGCAGUGGUAACUUAAUUUGCGUUUCCCUAGUGACCAGUGAUAACAUCUUUUAGUGUAUUUAUUUGCCAUCCUUAUCUCUUUGGUAAAGUAUCUGUUCACAUUUUUUCCAACUUUAUAAAACAGGAUUGUUGAUACAAGUCAUCUAUCAGAUAAGCUGCAAAGAUUUUCUCCUACUCUAUGGCUUGUGUUUUCAUUUUCUUAACAGUCUUUUGAAAUGCAGAAUUUAAAAAUUUUUGAUAAAGUCCAGUUUAUCCAUUUUUUUCUCUUACGAUUCAUUCUUUGUGUGUAGAAAUCUUUGCCUAACGUGAGGUCACAAAGAUUUUUUCUCCUAUGAUUUCUUCUAGAAGGAUUAUACUUUUAGGAACUGCUUUUAAGUCUGUGAUUCAUUUCAAGUUGAUUUUUGUAUGUAGUAUGAGAUAUGGAUCAAAACUGCAUGUUGGAGUGGGGUUUUCAUAUUUUGUUUUUGGAAUAUGUAUAUCCCAUUUUUCCAGCACCAUUUAUUGAAAAGACUGUCCUCUUCCACUGAAUUUUUAUUUCACCUUGUUGAAAAUCAGAUGUCCAUAUACGUUUGGGUCUGUUUCUGGGCUCCCUAUUCUGGCCUAUUUAUAUUUCUGCCCUUAUGCUAACACCACACUAUCUUGAUUACUGUACUUUAUAGUAAAUCAUGAAAUCAAGUGGUAUGAUUUCUAAAUUUUGUUCCUUUUCAAGAUUGUUUUGGCAUUCUAAAUUCCUUUGCUUUUUCACAUACAUUUUAGGAUUAACUUCUCAAUUUCUACCAAAAAGCCUGCUGGGAUCUUUAUUGAGAUUAUAUUAAAUCUAUAAUCAAUUUGGAGAAUAUUGACAAUUUAACAAUAUUGAGACUUCUGACUUAUGAACCCAGUAUAUAUGUCCAUUGUUAGGUCUUUAAUUUCAUCACAUGCUGUGGUUUUUCAGUGUACAAAUGUUACACAUAUAUUGUUAAAUUUACCCCUUAGUAGUUCAUAUUUUUCCACUAUUAUGUUUUUUUAAAUUUCAAUUUUUAGGUGUUCAUUGUUUUUUGGAUUUGACCUUUAUUUUGUGACCUUGCUAUACUCACUAAUUAGUUCUAAUUCCAGAUUCUUUGAGAUUUUCUACGUAGAAAAACAUCUUCUGUGAAAAGACAAAAAUUGUAUCUUCACAAUCUUGAUGCCUUUUCUUCUUCCCUUAAUGUCCUUUCAAUGACCUCUAGUAUAAUGUUGGUAAAAAUGGGCAUCUUUACCUUAUUCCCAUCUGGGUUGGAAAAGGUAAGAAUUCAGUCUUUCACCGCUGAGUAUGGUAUGAGCCAUAGUUUUUGUAUAUGACCUUUGUCAUGUUAAGGAAGUUCCCUUCUAAUCUUAGUUUUUGGAGUAUUAAAAGAAAAAUAUUUGUUUUUUAUUCUUAAAAUAACCUUAUGUACUUUUUCAUGGGAUAUGUGCACCUGUUGUACAACUUCUCAGAUCAUGGAAUCAGAUUGGAGACAGCCACCCUUAUCACCUGUUUCAUACUGAUUUUCUCCCAGUACUUGUUUAUCAAAGAAACCAUCAAAAAACAGCUUUGCAAUGUAAUGGGAUAUAAUGAUGAAACUGAACCAUCUCAAGCUGGUAGUUAAUGUUGUUUUGGGCCAAUAGAUAUUUGUCACUGUGUUUCCCUUGAAAAUUUAAAAUUCCUGAAGCGUCCCUGUGUUUUUGCUGCAUUUGCAAACCACAGCAGUAGCCCACACACAGUCUUUAAGAAUUCAUUCAAACUGAACUGAUUUCUUCUUACCUGCUUUAUAAAACUCUCUCUUCCUGUCAUAAUAUGUCAAAUAUAGUAUACAGUUAAUGUAUAUUAGCUCCUCUUGGAGAGUCUUGCCAUUCUUUAUAAUUCGGCUCACUUGGUUGCCUGGUGACCUCUGCUCUCUAAUGGGUUCAAGAAAAACUGUUGUUUUUUUUUUUUUUUUUUAGAUUAACCAUCUUUUUUCUUGUUAGAACAGGAGGAAUGUUCUCUUGGAGCUAUUUACAUCCUGAGAAGAGAAACUCUCAAAUGAGAGGUUUUAAGUCAACUUUACUGGGGUGUAAUAUAUGUACAAUAAGUUGCUCUGUAAGUGCACAGUUCUGUAAGUGCUCUGUUGCUCUGUAAGUGCACAGUUCGGUGAGGUUUGAGAAAUAUAUAACAUACUCAUGACAUAGAAUAUUUUCGUCACUCCAAAAGUUUUCAUUGCCCCUUUCCAGUCAAUCUCCAUACUUAAACGGUAGCCCAGGAAACUACUUACUGGUCUGCUUUAAAAUACUACAUAUUAGAUUUGUCUAACAAGUUUAAUACGUAAAUUAAUAAAAAUCAUACAGUGUAUGCACUUUGUCUUUUCCUCCACAUAGUGUUUUUGAGAUUAGUUCAUGUUGUUGCAUAUAUCCGUGGUUCGUUCCUUUUUAUGACUUUGUAAAAUUCCAUUGUAUGGAUAUACUGCUCACCUCACAAAUGGGUUUCCAGUGUUUAGCUAAUAUGAAUAAAACUUCUUUGAACAUUC